CCGUGAGUUGACUAGGAACGAAGAAAAGCCCAAAUCGUGAAAUGGCCAUGAGAUCCGUGCUUAGCCGAGUCUCAGUGAGUGUGACGCGUCGAAUGGAGUCGACUCGGGGUGCAACUCGCUACUUCAGCGACGGCAAGGGCCGGGUUCUGAGCGAGGAGGAGCGCGCUGCUGAGAACGUCUACAUCCAGAGAAUGGAGAGGGAGAGGGCGGAGAAACUGAAGAGAAAGGCUGAGAAAGAGAAAGCUGCUAAAGAGAAAGAGGAUGCUGACAGUGACAAGAAAUCUGAGGGUACCCAUUAGGGCUGAAAUGUUCAUGUGCACUAGCUGAUACCUUGUUGCUAUGGAGAUGAUGAUGAUGAAGAAGAAUAAAAUGAACCAACUUUUAUAACUCUUGGCCAGUUUUGGUCUUUGUACAGAGUAUGGUUGCCGAUGUCUUUAAACUAACAGCUGUUUGUGUUCGGUUCUUAAUCUGUUUGCUGAUAUGUCUUGAUCUGCGGUUCA